AUGGAAAAAGGUGAUAAUGCGCAACAAACUCAGUCUACUGGAGCCACCUCGACUCAGCCUGUUCCGGUAACAGCAGCACCAGAUGCAGAUACAACAGAUAUCAAUGCUACUGGCACCACGAAUGUAUCGAAUUUACCAGGAUUUCUUCAGAAUAUUCAAAGUCGUUUGAAUAGUAUGGGUGAUGAUGCAAGCGGAUUUUUAGCAAUGAGGUACAUUAGAGUGUUAAAAGGAUCGAAAGAGAUGCAAUUACGUUUUCGAAAAUGUAAAUAUUCAGUUGGAUAA